AUGGAGCAACUCCAUACUCUGGAGAGAGCCCUCGGAGUACUGGUCUGCACUUUCCAGCGCUACUGCAAGAAGGAAGGCGACAAACACACACUCAGCAAAGCGCAGCUCAAGGAACUAUUGGUAAAGGAACUUCCGAGCCUUCAACGGUUACAUCUUAAAGAGGGGACUCUCGAAAAACUGAUGGCGUCGCUAGAUAAGAACAAGGACAACCAAGUCGACUUCGAGGAGUUCAUCCGCUUUGUGGCAGCGGCUUGCACCUUCUUCCACGACUUUUUCCAGGACGAACCUGCAGUCCUGCCACGAGUCCAAGAUGGCGGCCAACCUCCCAAGAUAGCACCUGCUUUGUCAGAGGUCGACAGUGAAAACAGGGAUGGAGAUGGGAAGAACGUCGACCUAAGUGAAGGUCCUCAAGAAAAAGGAGAGUGA